GAGAACACAGAAGUCACCCAUUCUAAACAAUUCGAGGAGACAGUUGCCGAAAUUAGCAAACUUCCACCCACAGCAAUCAAAAGAUCUGAGGGAUCUGCGUUUGGACCGGUGGCGAAAACCGCUCACCUACCGCCACAACCUGAUGUCGAGCUUUUUAUCACAGCAAGACGCAUAGCUCAUAAUGAGUACUCUGUCAGCUUUUCAAAGACGAAGCCAAAAUCUAUCCGGUCAAAGGUGGACACUACCGUAAGUCUGAGCGCUAGUCUUUUGCUGGAUUCUGCUGCGAAGAACGCUUCCAUACAUCUUACCCUCAGCGACUCACAAGUUUUGAGUGUUUCGUGUGUUGGUGUUGUGAAAGCCAUGCAAAGUUGUGACUCAGUUGUCAUGAGAGCUCGUCCAGUAGAUCCAUUAUGUCCAAGCACUGUAGAAUUACUGCCUCCUUCUGAAGUCGUGGAGUUUGUCAGGAGGUGCGACGUAUGCGAAGUCGAUCUACAUUCAAAAGAAGCAAGUGAUGCUCAUUUUGCGUCGGAAGAUCACGAAACAGCACAGGUAUGA